CAAAGAGUGGCUCUUCCCUUGUCGGACCCCGAUGGCUCCCUGAACCAUCCCCCACUGGACACGUGAAGCGCCGCGCGCCAUGCCGAAGAGGUCGCGGUACACGAGCAUCUCCACUUUGACGGAUGAAGAGCUGGAGGAGCGGGAGUGGGAGUUCGAGACGGCGCUGCGUCAGCGGAACGAGGCACUGAAUUCCAAGAGGAGCUCCUUGGGGGAGAAGUUCACACCCCUCGGGGACCACCAGAAGUUCAAGGAGAUGCAGAAUUUCAAGCAGCUCCGGGACAGGGAGAGGUACCUCCUCCAGGAGGUGCAGGAGGAGAAGCGGCGGCGGAAGGAAAAGCGGGACGCUGAGCAGGCGGAGAAGCCGAACGCGGCCAUGUCAGCGGCCAUUGCGGAGUACUUUGCCCAGCAGAAGGCCGCCGGCGGUUCCGCCGCGCCACAGAUGCCGAAGAGCGUGGCGCGCACCGCACAGAUCCACCCGUCGCUGGCCAGCGUCUACGCCAAUGCCCCGCCGCCUCCCCGGAAAACGGCGCCCGUUGCAGCGCCAGAGCCUCACGCGCAGGCGCCGGCGCCCGCGGCGCCCGCGGGGCACGCGGUGCCUGACCUGGCGACGCUGAGCGCAGCCAGCGCGCUGCCGGCAGCCUUUCGCGCCAAAGCGCUGGCGUCCCUCAGCCGCUGA